AUGUACAUACGACGGGCCAGCGACGACAGCCCCAGCUCCGGCGGGUCUAACAACCUGUAUUUUAUUGCCAUCAUCGUCCUCGCGGUCGCCGUCGCCUUCAUCACCGCGUUCUUCGUGCUGCGGCACCUUCGCAGACGCAACUACAGCCCUCGAUUCAUACCCGGCAGCUAUCUCAAGGGCCUCUGGCAGCAAUGGACGCCCGGAUCCUCCUAUAACGCCGUGCCAGGCGGGACUCGACGGAUGGACAUCGAUGGGGGCGCAGACGACUCUGUUGGCGAGGGCCACCAGCAGCAGCGGCAUCAGCAUCAGCAGCAUCAGCAGCAGCAGCAGGCCGCCGUCGACCGCAACACCUCCGUCCGGUCCGUCAUGACGCUGCCCUCGUACACACUGACGCCCAAGGCGAGUGAACAAGUGAUAGCCCGGGAAGGCGAGCGAGACGGGAUGGAUGUGGUUAUCGAGUUCCCCGAGACGGCCGACGAAGAGGAAGCACACCGCGAGGAGCAGAUGGAGUCGCUGUAUCAGAUCCGUCUGGCGCGACGGCGAGAGAUAGCAGAGCGCGAGGAGGCCCGCCAGCAGCGCCGGGAAGCCCGCGAGAGAGGCGACUGGGCCCGUCUGGAGGAACUGCGGCGAGAGAGUCGAGCCCGCGCAGAGGCAGACCGGCUGCUGCCAUCGGGGGACUCCAACAGCAAUCCCAACGGCAGCGCUGCCUCCGUGUCUGCGGCCGUCCUGCUGGCCGAGCACCAGUCUCGCAACCGGGAGAGACGGGUCUCCAGCGUCUCCUACGCUGAUAUCGGACAUGUCAGGCACGACGGAACCAGGCUCCGUUCUACCUCCCCAGACCCGGACUCAGACUCGCGGGGCCUGCUCGACUCCGCGGCCGCCAUGGGCUCAGCGUCAGCAGCGACGCUCCCAGGCAUUCACAUACAUCAGCGGACAACCUCAGCCUCGUCUCUGCUCUCCCACGCUUCCAACCACUCCGAUGCAUCCUCCCUGGGCACCGCCGUGGGAUCGGCACUGGACUUGAAUACCAUUCCCCCCCCGUACGAUGACGCUAUCUCUACCACCACCACUGCCACUACCACUGCCACUGCCUCCGGAUGGGGGGAUGCUCCGCCCUACCAGCCAACGCCGCCAAACGAAACAGUCACCCGUCACGCAGGAGACGAAGAUGCACACGAAGCCAGGCCUCCCGAGCUGGCUCCUCGUCUCCCGCCGCUGUCUACCUUACCCAGCAUUGCUAUAGAAGUCGCUACCCCGACCAGCAGUGCGCCCCCGACCCCUAUAUCCCAUAUCCAGGCACCCUCACCAGUCCACACCCCGACUUCUGCACCCAGAUAG